UAGGCCUAACCGUUCAAGUGAAUAGACACGAAAUUCGGCGAGCUCCGCGGUUUCAACAAACCAAACAGAAAAUAUAAAUAUAUUUUUCUCACUUGGAAUCUUUUAAAAGAGAUGGAAUUUUUUUUAUAUUGAAUUCUGUUUAUCACAAAGUGUUAACUUGUUCAGUUUAACAUAUUUUCAUGGCCGUAAAACUGAUUUUAAUAACUAGUUGUUUCAAUAAAAGACCAUCACCAACGUUUUAUAAAGUUGUGAUAAAUUAUUUCAUUCUAAAUGGAUAAACAAAUUUAUUCCAAAAUAUUUCGAUAUUAAACCUAUUUCGGACCAUUUUUUUUAAUAUCGAAAUCAUGAAAUUAAAUUACAUUUUUUAUCAAAUUUUCACAAAGUUUAAAACGUAACUUUAACGUAAAGAGCCGAAAGAAAUCGUAAAGUGCGUGAAAAUGUGAACACAAUAUCGAGUGAAAUCGGUACGAUUUUGAUUAAAGGCACAAAUGGCUACACUAUCCCUGAAAAUUAGCCUUGAGGGUGGUGCUGUUACUAAAACAAUUCAAUUCGAUCCACAAAUUACUGUUUUCGAUGCUUGCAAAAUAAUACGAGAGAAAUUCGCUGAAGCCAUUCACGGGAAACCCUCCGAAUAUGGUCUUUUUCUAUCGGAUGAUGAUAACAAGCAAGGGGUUUGGUUGGAAUCGGGUAGAAAUUUAGGCUAUUAUUUGCUUCGCAAUCAUGAUGUGCUCGAAUAUCGUCGUAAAUUGCGUACAUUACGUGUUCGCAUGUUGGAUGGUGCUGUUAAAACCAUUCUCGUUGAUGAUUCACAACCGGUAUCACAAUUGAUGGUUGUAAUUUGCACAAAAAUCGGUAUCACAAAUCACGAGGAAUACGGUCUUGUGCGCGAGGAAAACGAUCAACAAAAUGAAAAUUUGCCGGACAAUAAAACGGGCACAUUGACGCUUCGCCGAAAAUUUGCGGAAAAAGAUCGCGAUGCCAAAAUGGAAAGUUUAAGAAAAAAACUGAAGACAGAUGAUGAAAUCGUUUGGGUUGAUAUAGGAAAAACAUUACGUGAACAAGGCAUCGACGAAUCGGAAACCGUUUUGUUGAAACGUAGAUUCUUCUUCUCCGAUCAAAAUAUCGAUUCAAGAGAUCCCGUUCAACUAAAUUUGUUAUACGUUCAAGCUCGAGAUGCAAUUUUGGAUGGCACCCAUCCGGUUACACAAGAAAAAGCUUGCGAGUUUGCCGGCAUUCAAGCACAAAUUCAAUUUGGCGACUACAUCGAAAGCAAACACAAAUCAGGAUUCCUUGACCUUAAAGAAUUUUUGCCGCAAUCGUACUCUCGCGUCAAAAAUAUUGAGAAAAAAGUGUUUUCCGAACAUCGAAAACAUAUCGGUUUGUCUGAGCUAGAUGCAAAAGUUUUGUACACAAAGACCGCACGUGAAUUGUCGACGUAUGGCGUUACCUUCUUCUUGGUCAAAGAAAAGAUGCAUGGCAAAAAUAAGCUGGUGCCACGUUUGUUGGGCGUUACGAAAAGCUCCGUCUUACGUUUGGAUGAACGUACCAAAGAAAUUCUGAAAACAUGGCCAUUAACCACGGUUCGUCGAUGGGGAGCAUCACCAAAUACAUUCACCCUGGAUUUUGGUGACUAUGCAGACCAAUACUAUUCGGUUCAAACAACCGAAGCCGAGCAAAUUGUCCAACUUAUUGCCGGCUACAUCGAUAUCAUUUUAAAGAAAAAACAAAACAAAGACCACUUUGGACUUGAAGGUGACGAAGGUUCAACUAUGGUUGAAGAAAGCGUCGCACCAUCAAAGGCAACGUUUCUUCAAUGUGAAGAGAAUCGUGUUGGAAAGGUUGUUAUGGAAUCAGUGGCCAAACCGGCCAUUAUUCGCGCUUCAGAUGGUGAAAGACCAUACGUUCAUCAAGAAGUUCAAUCGAUUCAAUAUGGAGCAUUCAUUGGCCAAGUGAAUAUGGCACAUCAACCGCCAACGCUUAAAGAAACACGAAUAAAUACCGUGCAUUCCGAGCCACAGCGUGGACUUUUUGGUUACAUAUCGGCUGGACAGGAAGCAAUUCGUAUAGCAGAAGAAGAAUUGCUAACCAAAGUGCCACUACCCGAUAUGCAUUCGAUUGAAUGGCGUGAAAAUAGAUUGGACACAUCAAAACAUGCGGUCAGUGUUCAUAUAGCAAGCGUAAAUGCUGCCACGGCCCAAGUUGUGACUGCUACACAGCCUGAUGACGUUGAUCAUGAAGUUAUCAGUCAAGCUGUUUCACAAAUUACCGAAAGCAUACCCGAAGUUACAAAAGAGGUUCGUUUGCUGGCCGCAUUAAUGGACGACGACAAUAGUGGCAAUAAAUUGCUGGAUACGGCACGUAAAUUGUGUAAUGCAUUAAGCGAUUUAUUGAAAGCGGCUGAACCCGAAAGCAAAGAACCACGUCAAAAUCUUUUGAAUGCUGCCAGUCGUGUUGGCGAAGCAAGUGGCAAAGUUUUAACAACAAUUGGCGAAGAAACACCCGAAAAUCGUGACAUUCACGAUAUGCUUUUGGCAUUAGCUAAAGCCGUUGCAAAUACAACUGCUGCUUUGGUUCUUCGUGCCAAAUCAAUUGCGGCCGAAUGCGACGAUGACGAAAAGCGUAACAAAGUGAUUGGAGCGGCAAGUCAAUGUGCAUUGGCCACAUCACAAUUGGUUGCAUGCACAAAGGUCGUUGCACCAACCAUUCAAAAUGCCAGUUGUCGCGAUUCACUCGAAGCAGCUGCUCGUGAAGUGGCCAAAAGUGUUUCGAAUUUGGUCGAUGCAUGUAAAUUUGCCAGCGAGAGUCCACAAUUGAAAGGUGACCUAAUGGCCGCUGCAAAAGAAGUAUCACGAUCACUUGGAGACUUGUUGGACUACCUCAAACAAACAUCGAAAGAACGUUUAGCUACUGACGAUGAGAAUCCAGUUGAGAAGAUUUUGGUAACAACCGAUAAGCUGGUGUCAAGCGUUGAUGCACAGGAAAUGGUGCGUCAGGCUCGUGUACUUGGUCAAGUCACCGCUCAAUUGAUUCAAUCGAUCAAAAGUGAAGCCGAACAAGAGAAAGAACCAGGCGAACAACAUCGUUUAUUGGCCGCUGCCAAAAAAUUGGCCGAUGCAACGGCAAAAAUGGUGGAAGCGGCACGUCUAUGCGCCAGCAGCCCCAAUGACACAAUUCAUCAAACGGACCUUCGUAGCGCUGCCGAAGAAUUGCGUGAUAUUACCACAUCGAAAGCAAACACACCGGCCAUUAAGCGUCAAAUUAUUCAACGUUUAGAAAAUUGCGCUAAGGAUGCUGCAUCAUAUGCGACACAAUGUAUUUCGGCUUCACACAAUGCGAUCGCCUACAGUGACGAUUCACAUACAAAAGAACAAUUGAUGCAAGAUUGUGGCAUUGCCACCGAGUAUAUUCCAUCGUUGGUCAAUGGUGUUAAAACUUCCAUUGUCAAUCCAAACGAUUCAAAAUCACAAUUGAAUCUCAUUGAAAUCUCGGAACAAUUCAUCGAUGCUGGUAACAAUGUUGCAUCAUCGGCCCGUGCAUUCUAUCCAACCGUUAAGAAUCACGUUGCAUCGCAAACACUUUCGGACAGUGCCAUGAAUUUGAAUCAUUCAAUUAAUGAAUUGGGUUCGGCCGCACGUCGUGCACGUGAAGCAUGUAGUGGACAAGAGCUUGAUUCGGCCAUUGAUUGUGUUAACAAUCUACGUAAUGUAUUGAAUGAUACACGGACAUCAUAUUUGAAUAAAGAACUUCGACCACUUCCAAAUGAAACAUCCGAUAACACAUCACAGCAAUUGACCAAGAGUGCAAAAGCUGUUUCGUUGGCACUUUCGCAACUUUUGGCAGCCAUUUCUCAGGAAGAACGCAUGUAUGCUGGUGUUGCUGGUCGUGAUUUGGCAUUGUCAUUGGGCGAUUUUACGAAAAAUGUUCGUGGUGUUAUUGCCACCGGCGGCAAUUCUGAUAUUAUCGAAUCGGCCGAUCAAGUCAUCAUUAAUACGCUUCGUGUAAUGGAAGAGGCACAACAAGCAUUGGAUAACCCAGAAAAUGGUCCAACAUUGCAUCAAUGUGCUCGCGAUGUAACGAACGCUCUUCAAAAUUGCAUUGAAUGUCUGCCAGGCCAACGUGAAGUCGACGAUGCCUUGCGGAAUGUCAACGAAUUAAGUGAAAUCAUCAAUUUGGGCGAAUAUCCACCAACCGAUAAGUCGUACGGUCAACUCCAAAAUGAGCUCAGAACGGCCGCAAAUAAUUUGAAUGAGGCCAGCGGUGAGGUGGCCAAAGCAUACUCAAGCCCACCAUGGCUUGCGGUUGUGUCGCAAAACUAUAGCGUUGUUUACAAAGAUUUACUAUCAUGUGUACUUGAAAUGGCCGGUCAAACAAUCGAUACCAUUGCACAAACUAACAUCAUGAAUGGAUUGCGUGGCGUUUCGGCUACAUCGGUAUCUCUACUGUCGACAGCAAAAUCCAUUGCAAGCGAUCCAAAUCAAGUCAAUGCAAAGGGUCAACUAUCACAAGCAUCACGAACUGUUACCGAUAGCAUCAAUUAUUUGGUAGACGUUUCAACACAAGCGGCUCCAUGUCAAAAAGAAUGCGACAAUGCCAUUCGUUCGAUUGAAGCACUUCGUCCCUUAUUGGAUAAUCCAACCGAACCCAUAAACGAUCAAGGUUACUAUGAAUGUGUUGAAAAUGCCACGGAAAAAUCACGUCAAUUGGGCAUUGCCAUAUCCGACACAUGCAAUCAGGCCAAGAAUGCUGACACAGAAUUCGGACAUUCAGUAAAUCAAGUUUCGGAGGCACUUCGCAGUUUAAUUGAGUCAGCCGCACAAGCAAGUUAUCUAAUUGGUGUUUCGCAUCCAACCAGCUCAUCUGGUCGUCCAGGUAUCAUUGAUCAGACGCAAUUGUAUCGUGCCUAUCAGGGUAUUCGUCAAAAUUGCGACAUUGUUAGCAGUUUGAAUACAACCAAACAGCAAAAGAUUACUGCUUUGACAGCCGUCGCUAAGCAAACGUCAUUUUUGUGCACUGUAUGUCGUCGCGCCAGCUUGAACACAUCGAAUCCAGUUGCAAAGAAUGAAUUCAUCGAAGGUGCAAAAUCGGUGGCCAACACCACCGCCGAUUUAGUUGCUCAAGUCAAAGCAUUGGAAGAUGAAUACAGUGCACCGUCACGUGCUCAAUACGUUGAACCAUUAUUGGAAGCUGUAAAUUCGUUGUGUCAAUAUGCAUCGCAACCGGAAUUCAUUUCGAUACCGGCAAAGAUAUCCGAUGAAGGUUAUCGUGCCCAAGAGCCAAUUUUGCAUGCUGGUCGUGGUGUUGUCAAUGGUGUCGUUGAAAUGGUUAAAGCCGUCAAAUCUUUAGCGGUCGCUCCAAAAGAUCCAGCCGUUUGGCAACAAUUAUCAUUGCGUAGUAAACCAGUUUCGGAUAGUGUACGCAAUUUAGUGGACAGUAUUCGUGAAAAGGCACCCGGACAAGCUCAAUGCGAUAAUGUACUCGAAACGAUCAAUACAUGUGCACGUGAUCUGGAUACAGCUUCCAUUUCGAUUGGUGUACAAGGUUUGCCAAAGCGUCAAGACAAUAAUUUACAAGGAUUCACCAGUCAAAUGUUGAACGCAUCGGCCGAAUUGCUCGAUAAACUUGAACCAAUUAAAUCGGCUGCCAAACGUAAUGCCGAAAGUUUGGGACAUGCUGUUACCGAAAUUUCACGUUACAUUGUACCAUUGACACAGAGUGCAAUCGGUGCUAGUUCACACAUUGUUCAUUCGAAUAAGCAAAUUUUGUUGAUCGAUCAAACGAGAUCAGUGGUUGAAAGUUCACGUGAAUUGGUUGAAGUGGCCAGAGAGGCUGGCGGUAAUCCACGGGCAACACAACUUCAUGGUCGUCUCGAUGAUGCUGUCGAUAAUACACGUGAAAUUAUCCAAGAAUUGAAUACAACCGUUGAGAAAUUGUCAACGGAGAGUGGCAUCGUAAGCGGUUUAAUGGAGCAAAUUUAUCGUGCAAUGUCACGCAUCACCGAUAAACGUCAAUCGGUAUUCAAUGCAACGGUGAGCACCAGUUUUGUUGAUUAUCAAACACGUAUGGUACAAAGUGCCAAGGAAAUUGCCCGGUUGGCAAAUGAAAUGAAUGCCAAGGCUGCAUUGGAUCCAUCGAAAUUGGCACAACCAUCGGUUGAUAUAACACAUCAUUAUACACAACUCGCUCAUGAUUCAAUUGGUGCAUCGCAUGUAACCAAUUCAUCGGAUUCGGCAGUGCGUAUCAAACAAUCCGUUCAAGAUUUGGGACGAUCGAUUGGUACAUUGAUUCAAGCCAGCAGCGGUGCAAGAGUUGACGAUGCAUAUUCAUUGACUGAAAUUUCAUCAUCGGCUCGAAGUGUAUCGGAGAAAGUGUCACAAGUUUUGGCCGCUCUCCAAGCUGGAUCAAGAGGAACACAAGCAUGUAUUAAUGCUGCAAAUACGGUAUCGGGUAUCAUUGGCGAUUUAGAUACAACAAUCAUGUUUGCAACGGCCGGCACUUUGCAUUCAGACAAUGAUGGCAAUUUUGCCGAUCAUCGUGAGCACAUUUUGAAAACGGCCAAAGCAUUGGUUGAAGAUACAAAAGUGUUGGUGGCCGGAGCGGCUGGUUCACAAGAUCAACUUUCGAAUGCUGCACAAAAUGCGGUUACAACCAUUAUUCAACUUGCGGAUGCUGUAAAACGUGGCGCAUGCAGUCUUGGUUCAAAUCAACCUGAAUCACAAGUGAUGGUCAUAAAUGCGGUGAAAGAUGUUGCAUCGGCACUCGGCGAAUUGAUCAAUACAACAAAGAAUGCGGCCGGAAAGCCGGUUAACGAUCCAUGCAUGCAAGAUCUAAAAGAAAGUGCACGGGUUAUGGUUCUCAAUGUCUCAUCACUUCUAAAAACUGUAAAAGCAGUCGAGGACGAGCAUACACGUGGAACACGUGCAAUGGAAGCAACUGUCGAAGCAAUUUCUCAAGAGAUUCGGAUGAUUAAAUCGCCAGUUUUGCUUGGUACACCACCAAACACACCGGAAGAUUUGAUUCGUGUCACAAGAAAUGUAACAUUAGCAACAGCAAAGGCAGUUGCAGCUGGUGCAUCAAAUCUUCAAGAUGAUAUCGUGGCAGCGGCCAAUUUGGGUCGCCGUUCCAUAUCGGAAAUGUUGGCCGUGUGUCGAUCAGUUGCAUGGAAUUGUGCCGAAACACCCGAACUACGACAACGAACAUUGAAUGCUGGUACAGCUGUUGCAACAUCAUACAAAGAAUUGCUGGAAGGUGUUUUACGCGGUUGUCAUGCCGACGAGCGAAUGCAUCUAUCGAGACAAGUUGCAAAAUAUGUUACCGAUUUAGUUGCGAUGGCACAACUUUUGAAAGGUUCCGAUUGGGUUGAUCCCGAGGAUCCAACAGUUAUUGCUGAAAAUGAGCUGCUUGGUGCAGCCGCUUCAAUUGAUGCUGCCGCCAAAAAAUUGGCCAACCUUCGACCACGUCGACAACUUGAAGCAAAGGAAGCCGACUAUAAUCUACAAUUUGAUGAAAUGAUUUUGGAAGCGGCACGUGGUAUUAUGGCUGCAUCAUCGGCACUGGUACGUGCAGCAAAUGCAGCCCAAAGAGAAUUAAUUGAUCAAGGAAAAGUGGCACGUUCACCGCAUAUUUCCUCAGACGAUGGUCAAUGGUCGGAAGGUUUAAUUUCGGCCGCCCGAUUGGUUGCUGCUGCAACGCACAGUUUAGUGGAAGCUGCUCAAAAUCUUGUUCAAGGUUUAGGCACCGAAGAAGUACUUAUAUCAUCCGCUAAACAAGUAGCUGCAUCGACAGCUCAACUUUUGAUUGCAUGCAAAGUGCGAUCGGAUCCAAAUUCAGAAACCGGUCGACGUUUGCAAGCGGCUGGCAAUGCUGUUAUUAAAUCAACUGAUAAUUUGGUGCGAGCCGCCCAACAAGCGCUCGAUAUGGAAGAAGAGCAUAUUCUUAAGAUAAACACAAGUAUGGUUGAUGGUAUGGCUCAGGAAAUAAAUGCACGAUCCGAAGUUAUUAAGAUGGAAAAACAAUUGGAAGAAGCAAGAAACAAAUUGUGUGCCAUUCGACAAGCAAAAUAUCGUCAUCGAAAUGCCAUCCACGGUUUGGACGAUAGUGAUCAUGAUGAUUAUGUACCACCACCGCCACCACCAUUGCCAAAUUACCAAGUCUACAGCAAUAGUCGAUUCAAUGAUUCAUCGAACAGUAGUAAUUUAUACAGCACUUUCAAUCCGAAUAGACAACCACAACACCAACAACAACAUCAACAACACCAUCUUCCACCGCCACCACCACCGCCAGAGGUUCCAUCACGUUUCAAUCGAUCCGUACUGACAGGAAAUGCCACGCCACGGCCCUAUCACUCAGAUAAUAUAUACGGUUCACCAGUGUCACCAUUAUUAACAUCGACUUUUAGACAUGAUCACAGCGAAAAAAAUAAACAGCUCGAAGCUUGUGUACAAGAUUUACAUGAGAAAACAUUUGGCAAAAGUGGCGUGGUUCCAUUGAGCACAUUCAAACAAGUACCAUUCUCAAGUGAAACGAAUAAGAAUGACCAAUCAAAAUCAGAACAAACCUACGAGGGUUUUACAACAAGAUAUGAAACCAAAUGCUUCCAAAGAAAUUUAUCGCCGAACGUUCAAAUGGAGUUGCCGACAGAAAACCUGUCCCAAAUGUCUAUAAAUAGCGGCAUCACCAAAUCAGUAUCUACCAUGGCUAGUUCAACGAGUAUCAAGCGCGUAACCGGAAGCCAAAAAGUAACAACAUCUUUUAAUUCCAUUGAGCGAAAGAACUAAACCAAUCACACACAUACACGCAUCAUAGUCGAAUGGUUUUUCUUCUAAAAAAAAUAUAGCAAAUUAAAAGCACCAACAAAACAAAGCGAUAAAAAUCAAAAUCUUAAAACGAAAACGAACACAUACAUUUAAUCAAAACGAAUUAAAAAUGCUUUUUUCUAAUCAACAAUAUAUACUUCCAUAUUAGGAAUCAUGAAAACGUAACGAUUUACAUUUUUUUUUAACAAACAACACACGUUCACAAUUUAGCAGUGUUUUAAUUAACCAAAAAAAAGAGAACAAACGAUUAGCCGAAAAAGCAGAAAAACUAUAAUGCCAAAAAAUGAGAAUUCAAUGAAAACGCAACAAUGAAGAAUUUUUAUUUGUAAAAAAAUACACGCAAAUUAACUCAGUUGUUGUUCCUCUGAAAAAAAGAAAAGAAAUUUUGUAUCGUUUGUCUUCGGAGAGAAUUUCCUUACCAAAAUGGAAAACUAUUGUAUUUAACAUAUCAAAGUAUUUAUUUUUUUAAUUGAACAAUCGACAGUCAAGAAAUUGAAAUUAUUGAAUCAUUUGUGGACGCGUCUAUUUUUUAUUAUUCAAAGAGGACAACACGCAAAUUUUAUGUACUACAUAAUAAAAGAAAUUUAUAUAUCUAUUUUUGUAAGCUUGAAAUGCAGGAAAUAAAAAGAAACAAACAUUGAUGAAGAUUAUGAAAAAAAAAGUCACAAAGUGCCAGAAAAGUUUUUUAAACAAAUAAAAUCUAUAUUGAACGACAAUUGAUCCAAAACACAAGGACGACCGAUAGAAAGGGAAAAAGAGAAUUAUUUAAAUUGUAUUUUUUAAAAAUGAAUUCUAUUUUUUUAAGAAAUAAAUUCUAUGCUUAAUAUUCAA